GCAGACCUGGUACCUCUUUUGUGAAGCGGCAGCUGAGGAGACUACGGCGUUCGCCAUGGCCGACGAAAAGCCCAAGGAAGGAGUCAAGACUGAGAAUAACGAUCAUAUUAAUUUGAAGGUGGCGGGGCAGGAUGGUUCUGUGGUGCAGUUUAAGAUUAAGAGGCAUACACCCCUUAGUAAACUAAUGAAAGCCUAUUGUGAACGACAGGGUUUGUCAAUGAGGCAGAUCAGAUUCCGAUUUGACGGGCAGCCAAUCAAUGAAACAGACACACCUGCACAGUUGGAAAUGGAGGAUGAAGAAACAAUUGAUGUGUUCCAGCAGCAGACAGGAGGUGUCUAUUAAAAAGGGAAGCUGCUACUUUACUCCAGAACUCUCUUCCUCCAGACCAAGAAGACAUUCUCAAUUAGAAAACCGCAAUUUGGUUCCACCGCGUCCUGACUACUACAGUAUAGUUUUCUCUAUUCUUUCAUUUUCCCCUUCUCCAUUCCUUUAUUGUACAUAAAGUAACUGGUGUAUGUGCACAAGCAUAUUGCAUUUUUUUUAAACUAAAUGGCCAAUGGUAUGUUUUAAUUGACAUCAAAUGGAGAUGGGAUAGGGAAAAAGACUGGUUCUGUGAAAAUACCCCCUUUCUCCAUUAGUGGCAUGCUCAUUCAGCUCUUAUCUUUAUAUUCCAGUAAGUUAUUUUGCUCUCACUGUUUAACAAAAAAAAGAACAACA